GCAGAAAACGCUUCACUAGUGAAAAGAUCUCAGAGAGAAGAGCCAUGUGUUUCAAAGCUGAGUGUCAGUGUCUGACCAGCGGGGAUUUGUGUGAGCCCUGCAAGAUGACGACCAAAGACAAAGAGAUGGAGGAGGCACACCUCUCCAACAGCAUCGGUGCAGCAGGUCAAGCAGAAAGCACGAAUGAACCUGAAGGGAAUAUCUCAUCUUCUGAAGUUGUGAGGGACCGCGGACGAAACUGGGGCUGGAUGCUGUCUGGGAUUAUCUGUGUCAACAUUCUGAUCCUGGGUUGUGCCUUGGUCAGCGGCACCGCUUCAAACGCUGUUAAAAUCAGCACCCCUGACUUGCAGAUUUUCCUUAUAAUCCUCCAACUCCUCAGCUGCAUCUGGAUGAUCUAUUACACCAUCUUCACUGCCAAAACAGAAAAUGCUGUUGUGCACAAAGAUGAUCAUGCUGGACCUAUAUGGCUCAGAGGAGGACUUAUGUUGUUUGGACUCCUCAGUAUUGCCAUGGACAUUUUCAAGGUGGCCAGUUACGUGGGAUACCUUCACUGUGAUUCAGCUGUUAAAGUGGCAUUUCCUGUGAUACAGCUUGUCUUCGUGCUGGUGCAGACAUACUUCUUAUGGAUCCACGCAAAAGACUGUGUGCAGCUCCAAAAGAACUUAUCACUGUGCGGGCUGAUGCUUAUCCUGUCCACAAAUCUAGUUAUAUGGAUGACAGCAGUCACGGAGGAGUCCCUUCAUCAAACAACUGCUCCUGACUAUGACAGCAAUGUCACUAAAAUCUCUGGAAGAAGUUUCUAUAUCAGUAAAGCGGGUUAUGGAGACGAUCACUGUAAGUGCAGCCACUCGUCAUGUGGUGUCUUCAAGGAGGCCUACUACUAUCUAUACCCUUUCAAUAUAGAGUACAGCCUUUUUGCCUCUGCCAUGGCCUACGUCAUGUGGAAGAACGUAGGUCGAGCUGCAGCUGAGCACACCUCCCACCACCACAUCAAAUUUAGCCUCAAGGAAGUGUUCAUUGGUCCUGUUCUGGGAGUGUUCCUUGUGAUCGCAGGCCUGGCAACAUUCAUCGUGUAUGAGAUUAAAAUGAAAACAUACGACAAUGAGGAAGACAAAGACUCAGCAGUUAUGAUGCACUUUGUCAUGAAUAUCGUCAUAGUGACAAUGAUGUCUGUUUGCACUGUGAUCGGCAGUGCCAUCUUCAAAGUGGAUCACAGGGAACAUGUCUCAGAGAAAAACCCCACCCGCAGCCUGGAUGUGGGGUUGCUGGUGGGCGCCUCACUGGGGCAGUUCAUCAUCAGCUACUUCUCCGUCGUAGCCAUGGUUGCAACUCGAGCCAAGGGCUACCUAAACAGGCUCAACUUGACAUGGGGAAUACUUAUGGUGAUCCAGCUCGGCCUGCAGAACUAUUUCAUAAUCGAAGGUCUGCAUCGAGAGCCCUUCCACGAGGUGGAGCCAGAUUCAGUGGUUGCCAAUCCGUAUGUGGUGGAGUCAGGCCAAGAUGUGAACGACCUUGAACGAGUAGAUGUGGACAAUAAAGCCAGUCCUGAAACCGAAGCACACAGCCACGCCGGCACGGCGGAACACAAACACAAGCUGUUGUGGAAGCGGAGGGUGUUGAGAGAAGUCUGCGCGUUUCUGCUGCUGUGCAACAUCAUUCUGUGGGUCAUGCCUGCAUUUGGAGCUCGCCCCCAAUUUGACCAUGACACCGAAACUGAAUUCUACAAGUUCAACAUGUGGGCGGCCAUCGUGAAUGUGGGACUUCCCUUUGGCAUCUUUUAUCGAAUGCACUCAGUUGCCAGUCUGUUUGAAGUGUUUCUGAACUCAUAAAAUCACGUUUUACCAAAUACACCCAGUCAGCAAUUUGAAAUGUUUCUGUACAUGCAACUGUUUUGACCUUAUAAAACUGUUCUGUAAAUAGACCGUUGUUUGUUUUUAUUAAGCUUUUCUUUAUACAUUUGUGAAGUAGAGGGUAACCUGGACAAUGUAAAUAUAUACAAAAUGUAAUUUUAUUAAGAAGUCACAGAAAUAUUUCAUUGAAGAUAAUCUUGUACAGUGAGAUUUAUGCUUUGGUAUUUGUAUAAAGAAAAUAAAGAAA